AUGACGGACCAGUUGGCGGAGGGCAUGGGCCAGCUCCACGUUAGUGGCCACGGGAAAAAGAAGCGGGCGAGAGCUUUCCACACCGACUUGAUGGAACAGCGCCCCACCUACCCCGGGGCCGCCAGCGACCCUAACCAGGCGAUGCCGGCGCCUAUCGACCUGACAGCGUACCCCGCCCACUCCCCGUUGGCGCCACCCUACCAACAAUCACCUAUACCCCAAAUUGGCAACACUACCGGACCAGCGCCACCAGCGCAAGGUCUGUUUGUCCCCGUCCAGGAAGCGGCGCUGGCCCAUCUUUCGGUGCAAGAGUUCAGAGAUGUCAACCACCGCGAGUACAUGGCGUUGGAGGAGUACACUGAUCCCACCACCGGCGAGCCUGUCCAGGCACAACGGCAGUUUCUUACGUUUGCCAAUGUCGCUCCCCCUGACGCCACUACUCAGUAUUUAGCCGUCGACCAAGGGACGGCGCUGGCGAAAUUUAUGCGCCUGACAAUGUACUACGUCCCUGAAACUGAACAAUUACGGGCGGCGACUAAGCUUCCGUUGGCGGUGACGAUUCGUCCGUUCGCGCCGUUGCUGGAGGUUGAGCUGCCCGUCCCCGUCGUCGAUAUGCGCCGCAUCGACCACCCUCUGGAUGACCCCUUGGACAACGGCCCCAUCCGGUGUCGCCGUUGUCGGGCCUACGUCAACCCGCUGAUGCAGUUUUCCCAACUGGCGUCGUUUACGUGUAACAUUUGCCAGUUCCCCAAUAACAGAGUGCCCGACGACUACCACGCCAUGCUCGAUGUCCACAACCAACGCAUCGACAAGUUCGUGCGGCCCGAGCUUCAUCGCGGGGUGUACGAUCUCCUUGUGCCCAAAGAGUACCAUGCCGGCUUUGACGCCGAGGUUAAGGACCGCCACGGCCAACCAGUGGACGUGCCGCCGCCCCAGCUCCACCAGGUGUUCCUUGUCGACGUGUCGGAGGCGCUGAUCCGCCAGGGACUCCCGCAAGUGGUGGCUGACGCCAUUAGAGCCGCGGUGUUUGGUGCUGGUGACGACCCUAUCCCCGGUAAAGUGGCGCUCAUGACAUUUGACAAAAAGAUCCAUUUCUAUAACGUCGAUGCCACCGCCGAUACUACGGAAGAAGCUAUUGUGGUUGACCUCGACGACCCUUCCGUACCCUUUUACCAAGGAUUAUUCGGCGAUGCCACCGAGCUGAGAGACGCCAUCAACGAUGCGUUGGCAGCAAUCGAGCAAAUCGGCUACGCCCACGACGUCAUGCCUGACGCCGAACCGUGUUUCGCUUCUGCGCUUAAGGCGGCGCUGAUGGCCCUUGCGCUCAUGGGUGGCGGUAAGAUCACCGCCGUGCUUUCAGCUCUCUCCUCAUGGGGUCCCGGUGCCCUCAAGUUCAAAGACAACCGCAAUGUCGGCCGCAACACGUCCGAUACCGACCAAAAAGUGUACUUGCCCGACAACGACUACUGGCUUGGGUUGUCAAAGCAGUUCCGCAAGGAUCUGGUGGGGCUCGACGUGCACGUGGUGGCACCGGCGGCGGUGGACUUAUCGCAUGUGGGGUGGCUCGCUGCCUCCACCGGUGGUACUAUAUCGCGGGUUACUCACUUUAGCUCUGACCACGAUGCCCGCGCCCUUGCUGCUCGCAUCCACUCGUCGGUUCGCAAGGUCCGCGGCACUCAGGGCCAGCUCAAGUUGCGUUGUUCCAAUGGGCUUCAAGUGACCCAAUACUAUAGUGGCUACAUUCCGGGCGGUGCCAACAUGCACACCGCCAGUUCGGAUCCUAAGCUUCCAGCCAUCAGCGAAGACUUUACCAUGACGGUGCUUCUCGAAUAUGAUGGCAAGCUCUCGACCAAGUACGACUGUCACUUUCAAGCAGCAUUGCUUUACACCGACCCCGAGGGUGUGCGUAAAGUGAGAGUGAUCAACUUAGUUUUGGCAGUGACUGAGCGACUCGAAGAGGCGUUUAAUUUUGCCGACGAAAACGCGGUGGUGACGACAAUUGCUCGCGACUGCUUGUCAUUCGUGGGCAAACAACCCCUCAUCGAAUUGCGUGAACUGAUUAACUUAAAGCUUGUGGAGGUAUUCACCCAGUACCGCGCGAUGCUGGAGUACGGCAGCAACCGCAACCGCACUCUUUCCACCCAGUUACUCUUCCCCGAUUCCAUCAAGCACUUGCCGCAAUUCCUUUUAUCCCUCAUCAAGACUCGGGCCCUCCGGGCGCUGACAUCACUUCUGGUGGAUAGCCGCCUUGGUGAUGUCUACACCAUGCUUAACAUGCCCAUCGAACGGCUCAUGUACCACUUGUACCCAGCACUUGUCGAGAUCCACAGUCUUGCCGAUGAAGACGGUACCACCAACGAAACCGGGUGUGUACGUUUGCCGAAGUUCAAGGACUUGCUGGUGGCGAACUUGGAGUCUGGUGUGUACCUUCUUUGCGAUGGGUCUAAGGUGAUGGUGUGGGUGGACCCGCAAACCAACCCUAUGCUUCUCAAGGAUUUGUUCGGCACCGAAAACAUCGGCGAGAUCGAUGCUCGUCUUGACGAAUUACCCGAGCUUGAUACCGACAUCAGUAAGCAAACCGCAACCAUCAUCAAGUUCUUCAACCAGUUCAUCAUCGGUUGUCCCUCUUUGGGUGCUGCUGGCGUUCAAUUAGUUCGUCCUGGCUACGAACAACAGGGCGAGAUCGAGUUCAAGGAGAAGCUCGUGGAAGACAGCUUACACGGCACAUUGGCUACCAGUCUGGGGCCCAGCUACCCCGAGUACCUUUCUAGUUUGCAUAAGGCGAUUCGUGACCGGUUGGACAACGAUAAACUGUCACAAAAAGUGAGACAAAGUGUCACCCAGGGCGAGCAACUGCACGAGACGUUGGCCCAGCGGAUGAUUCAUUUUUAG